UCUCAAGGGGGCAUUGCUUCUGCCAGUGCUGCAGGCAGAGAGCAUUCAGACAGACACCAAGGCUCCCUGCGAGCGAGCAAGCAAAAGAAACACAAACCUCUGCAGGGAACAUUCCUCCCCUCCAUCUAGAGAAGCUGGUCAUGUGCACCAGGAUGAUCCGCCCCAACUUCCACAUCCUUUCAGCCCAAGGCCUCCUUCUCCUCUGCGCUCUUUCCUACUUUGGCGCCCGGGGUCCUUACGCAGAAGCAGAGCCAGACGCGAUCCCUGGAGCAGACAUUUUCUCCAACCAUUCCCUGAACUGGACAGGUGUGAUGCCUCUCCCUCUUUUACAGCAGCUCACUUGCCAGAGUUUCCAGUGUUCAGGAGAGAGAUGCUACCAGGACGAGGCCCAUGGCAACAAUUCCCAGCUCUGCCACAAUGCUUCACACUGUGAGCUCUAUCGUCUCAACAGCACCAGCUACACAGCACGAUGCAGUAGUGAUUGCGGGAGUGCCAAUGCCACGGAGAUGUGUCUCCAGAGUGGCGGGCCGGGCCGGGAGCUCUGCUUUAUGGAAUGUUGCAACUCGUCCGACUGCCUGCAGCUCAAUGCCACGGCAUACGGUGACAUGGCACUCACCACCACCCCAGUUCCCAUCACUACCACCACCACCACCACCACCGCUGCACCACCCCGCAAUGGGAAGGUUUGCUCCAGCUUCACCUGUCAUGGAGAAGGCUGCUACAAACGUCAGAAGUCCUCAACCAACUGCAUUGUGGGCCACGACUUCUGCGAGAUGAAAAAAACAGGCGUCCAUUUUGUGGCAGGCUGUAGCCAACAUUGCAAAACCAAGGGCCACCCUUGCACCCGCAAAUCUACUGCUGCCUGCUACCAAGAGUGCUGCCAGGCUAUGCCCAAAACCAGCUGCCUGAAGCUGGACGGGAAAGUGCACUUCAACCGGGCGAGCAGCUUGACUUCGGCUUCUCUGCUCCAGCUCCUGGGCUGGGCUUCCCUGCUCAGUCUCAGCUGCUCCCUCUCCUUCUUGGCUGGGAUCAACUGAUCCACUGCUUGGUGCCUUCAGCCCUCAGAUCAGCUGGGCAGGAGGGAACUCCUUCCCCAUCCUCACCCAAGUUGCUUCCCUUCUGUUCUCCUCAGCUCCUUUUCCCCAGGAAAGCAAAAGGCAUUCAGGAACGUGCUUCUCUUCGUUCUACGCUGGUAGUGCUCAGGUUAUUCUGUUUUCACCUCCAAUAUCAGCUGUUCAGAGGCUCAGCAGAGGCAUGUAAUGUUCUUCAGCCAGGCUGCAGGGACUCUGGCACGGGCUGAACCUGAAUGGUCCAUAUUCUUGGAGCUGGAAUGAGGGGUUCUCGUGGGUCUGCGGGAAACUCUCUUCCAGGACAAGCUCUUGCUGCUACCACUAGGAAGUGGUCUUCCUUGGGAUGACUGUGCUGGGCCCCCUCCAGGUAGUCCUUCUGACUCCCUUGCUGGGAACUCUGGGAUUGCGGCUGAAUGGCAGAAAGGAUCCUGAAACAAGGGAACGGUGCCUUUGAAAAGAAAAGGACAUUUAGCUAACUCUAGUUUACACCGCUGUCUCUUUCCCUCACCCUCUUUCUUCAAAGCUUUGGUUCUGGCUGCUUCCUUUAUUCCCGUUAAAUCUUUACCACUUAUUUCUUUGUCCUUUUACAGGGCACCACCAACCUUCCCCCAGCCUUCCCUUCCCUCACGAUUCAGUCUUUAGUCAUAACACUUUCCACAUGCGACCAUUCUUGCUAUGUCCACUCCAUAUUCUCACAAGACAUUCCAUAAUUCAAGCUUCUCUAAAUAAAGCAACAUAACAAAUAA